AUUCCGAGUGCACCAAACCGCCUGGGAUCGUCCCUCUCUCAAAACAAAAAGUACGCUCCCCUUCUCCACUUUAUACGCGGGGUCGAAAAUUUUAAACUUCAUUUAAUCGGACGAUUCUACCCCUCUCUGAUACUCCUCCCUAAAAAACACAGUCCAGGAAAGAAACGGCUUGGGGCAUCUCUCUCUCUCUCUCUCUCUCUCUCUCUCUCUCUCUCUCUCUCUCUCUCUCUCUCUCUCUCCCAACGGUUCUUCUCAGUCGCCGCCCUCUGACGUCUUCAACUACAAGUCUACAACCCCUUCAAUCAGAGCUCAAGGGUUGGUGGUGGUUGUCUUGCAAAAUUUUCCUUCUGACCUUCAGCCAGCAAUUCCAGUUGAACGCAUAAAAAGAUGAAGAAGCUCUUCUUUUUCAGAUCUAGUGCUAACAACAAUCCAUCUCUCACUGGAGUAAAUGAUGAUCAAGCUACUGACAGAGCCAGGAAUAGUUUCCGAAGUCCCAGGGGUUCAUCAAGAACUCGAAAACAAGUAAUUGAAAACUCGACCUCUGGUACCAGUCCACGCCUUAGAAGGAGCCUUUCAUUUUCCUCAGCAGCAUUAGAUGAAGGAGAGCUAGGACAGAAAUAUUCUUCUUUCUUCAUUAAUCAGAAUGAGUCUCCUUGUAGUAGCAGUAACAUUCCACGCAAGGGAGCAGAUCGCCAUUCAUAUCGUCGUGCUCUUACUCCUGAGAGACAGUCCAGGUCAAAAUGCCAUGAAACGGCUGCUGUUCAAAAUGCACAUGUGGUAGAUAAACGUAGUUCUUCCUCAGAAAGCUCUUCAUAUUGCUCUAGUAAUGUCUCAAAUAAAGUUGUGGAUCGGUAUAUAGAUGGGGAACAAGAUCAUGAAAACCAUGAAUCAAAUAACAAUCCUUUCCAGAGGAAUCAAUUUGGAAAUGGAAAUGGCAACGGGAAGCGUCCUCCACGAGUUCAGCGUACAGCACCUGCUUCACCAACUGAUAGUACGAAAGACAAAUCAAGAGCUCAUUCACUUAGGGAAACCAAGGGAACUCAACUUCAUUUUUCGUCUAGUGUGGAGAAUGGAUUUGGCCAUGAAUCUCCUCGGAGUCUUGCGAAGCAUGUGAUUGAAAGACUUUCUCAAUCUCAUGCGUUUUCAAAAACAAGUUUAAAGGAAUUUGACCCUGAGAUGCCUAUCACGAUCGAGGAUAUCUAUGGGGGAUCCUUGAGUCGAUGCCCGAGUUCAAAUGCAGAUGAAACAUGUAGAGAAAUCACAGAUUUUCAGAAGCGAAACUGUCUUUCUCAUGAUAAUUGUAGAUUUGCAAAUCCUAUGGAGCCUAAAGAGGAAAUAGAUGCAGAACUACUUAGAAAAUCAAAGGAAGCGGGGGAGAGGUUCUUGUUACUUUCGGAAGAGAUUGAGCAAGAGGACUUUCUUGAGGACAGAGGCUUCAGUGUUCCGGAAUUGAUUCAAAUAAUUAGAAACCUGAAUGAGGAGAGGGUAAGCAUGGCACAUGAGGUUUCAGCUGUCCUGAAUGCUCAAAUUGCUGAGAGGGCUUCAGCCAAUGAAGAAGAAAGGUUUUUGAGGGCAGAAUUGGAUUCUCGGACCCGGAGGCUGGAAAAGGAGAAAAAUGAGCUGCAAUCAGCAUUAGAGAAGGAGUUAGACAGAAGAUCAAGCGAUUGGUCAUUUAAGCUCGAGAAAUAUCGAAUAGAAGAGCAUAGGCUUCGUGAACGAGUAAGGGAGCUUGCGGAGCAGAAUGUAUCUCUCCAAAGGGACGUUUCUUCAUUAAGCGAAAGGGAAAUGGAGAGUAGAAGCAAGAUUUCAGGUUCAGAUUCAAAACUUAAGGAACUGAGUUCAAGGGUGGAGGAAAUAAGUGAGGAGAAUGGAAAUUUACAGAAAAAACUUUCCAAGUUAGAAGAAAAGUAUAGAGCGGCAGAAGAAGAUCUAGAUUGUAUCAAAAGGAACUGUGGAGAGAAGGAGAAAGAGUGCAAGGAUUUGCACAGGUCUAUUACUAGGUUACUGAGAACUUGUAGUGAACAAGAGAAGACAAUAGAUGGGUUGCGAAAAGGACUUCGCGAGGAAAUUGGGAAGAAGGGUUCUUUAGAGAAUUUUGAUAACCAAACGGGGAAGUUGCAAAUGGAGCAAAUAAGGCUGACAGGUGUGGAGCAAGCUUUGAGGAAGGAGGUGGAAUCGUAUAGGCUUGAAGUUGAUUCUCUUCGGCGCGAGAAUGUAAGCCUAUUGCACCGUUUAAAAGUUUGCGGAAAAGGUGGCGACUUUUCGAAUUUCAAGCUGGAUCAAGAACUGUUGAGCUGCGUCUGUUGCAUGCAAAAUCAAGGGAUGUCGUUGGUUAACCAGAGCAACCAGCUUUGUGCAAAGCUGUUGGAAUACAUCAAAGUGAUAGCAGACCCAAAUCCAGAAACUAAGCAGGGUAUUGAGUUCAUGAUGAAUGGUUUCGAUGGACAAUUUAUUAUUGAAUCCGAGGUGAAACUCCAAGGCUUCAAGAGGGGAACUGCAAGCCUCACCAGAAGUUUACAUACAAUUUCCAGUGCGCUGAAUGAGAAGUCCAACCAAGUUGUAAUGGAUUCUCAUUCGCAUUGUUCAGGGGAUAAAUCUGAACGACAAAUUGAUAAGAGCUCAGAGGACCUUCUAAGGUCAGAGCUUAAAGCAGAAACUUUGCUAACAAGUUUAUUGCGAGAAAAGCUGUACACCAAAGAAGUGGAGGUGGAGCAACUGCAAGCUGAACUGGCAGCUGCUGUUAGAGGUAAUGGGAUGCUCAGGUCUGAAGUCCAAAAUGCACUGGAUAACAUUUCUUGCAUGACCCAUAAGAUGAAAGAUCUUGAACUUCAGAUGAUUAAGAAGGAUGAAAAAGUAAAUCAGCUUCAAAAUGAUCUCCAAGAAUGCACAACAGAAUUGACUAUCACGAGAGGAAUACUACCAAAGGUUUCGGAGGAGAGAAACUUGAUGUGGGAGGAGGUGAAGCAGUACAGCGAGAGGAACAUGUUGUUGAAUUCUGAGAUCAGUGGAUUGAAGAAGAAGAUAGAGGCGCUUGAUGAAGAUAUACUUCUCAAAGAAGGCCAGAUCUCUAUCCUCAAAGACACCAUAGGCAAACCUUUCGACCUUCUUGCCAGUCCAGAUUGUAUGUGAAGGUUUUUGGGGGAUAAUUUUAUUUUAUUUUAUUUUAUAUCCUCUUGGGUUAGUUUGGUUUGAUUAAAGGUUAAUUACUGCUUCAUACUUGUACAAGCAAGUUUGUUUCUUUAGUUUGUUGAUAGCUUACAAACAAUACCUUUGUAAACUGUGAUCAUAAUGGGGUUGGUUUUCUGUUUUGCUGAGAGGCAAGGAAAGUUGUUUUCCUUUUCGGUAUUGAUUUACUUGGAAAUCUGACCUUUUGCAAUAAAGAUAAGCAUAUCAAAUUUCACC